GAUCGGACUUCCGAUAGGAAAAACUUUUUUAGACCUGAUACAGCUAAACCGAGCACGGAUUUAGAAUCUACGACUAAAAAUUAUGUUUACGUGUCCGAGCGUUUAGCUGUGAUAUUUCAAAUUUACCUACAGUGUUAUCAGAUAAACACAAAUCCAACAUGCCUCCAUUAAAAUUCAAAACAAUGUUAUAUGGUUUCAAGGCAAAAAAAAUGCAAAAAGUUAUUAAAAGUAUUGGUUCAAAAGUAGUUAACAUUUUUGUAAGAUUAGAUAUGUUAAAAUCAUCAACGAUAACAAUAUUUCGUAAACCUCCAAUAGAAUUUGAAUGAACGUAUUUAACACUGUCUAAGCGUUAACAGAAAGUAUUAUAUUUAUUAUAUAUAAACCUAUUAUAAAAGAUUUAAGAUAAUAAAACAUAAUUGUGCAAUGUGUUUAAAACAAGCGUGAUCUGUAACUACAAAUUCGGAAUAAUUGAAAAUGAAAACCAACCCAGCCUUCUGUAUAUUUUCUGGGACCCUUCCUCAAGUUGUAGCAGUAUUAUGUGGAACUUUGGUUGCAAUGUCAGAUGGCAUGAACUAUGGUUGGACCUCACCAGUAAUACCAAUCUUACUAAGCGAAAAAUCCCCCAUAAAAACCACUAUGCACGAAUGCGAAUGGCUGGAAAAUAUCCUAAACGUAGGAGCCUUUGCAGGACUUCCUGUAACCAUUUAUUUGGUUGACAAAAUAGGAAGAAAGAAGUGUUUGCUUUUGGCCGCCUUUGUUUCUUUACUGUGUUGGAUUUUGGUGGCAAUUGCAAAUAGAAUGGAGUACCUUUAUGUUACCAGAUUUAUGGGAGGUAUGGCAGGUGAUAUGGCUUUUGUAGCAGGACCGAUGUACAUAGGUGAAAUAGCCGAUCAAAAGAUCAGAGGAUUUUUGUCGAGCAUGAUAUACUUGAUGAUGUUAUGUGGGAUUAUAAUUAUAUACUCCGUAGCUCCAUAUGUACCAUUUUAUGUGCCUUCAAUUAUUGCCGGAACUCUUUUAGUUUUGGAGCUGAUUUUGUUUCCAUUCAUGCCCGAAUCUCCGUAUUAUCUUAUUUUUACUGGUAAAACUGAAGAAGCUAAGAAAGCUUUACUACAUUUCAGACCAAAUAAAGACGUUGAAGCUGAACUCCAGGAUAUUACAGCUGCCAUUAAAAGACAAAAAAGCGAAAAAGGAAGACCACAGGAUCUUAUUCUUAUAGACAGCAACAGAAAAGCACUUCUUAUAAUGACUGUAUUGAAUGGAGCUCAACAUUUUAGCAGUAUAAGCGUGAUUAUAAUGAAUCUUCACUUAAUUCUAGAAUCUGCUGGUUCAAUCUACAUGGAAAGUUCAUUGGCUGCCAUAAUAUUUGCUGUAAUUAUGUUUUGUGCUGCUACAGUGUCAUCGUUUUCUAUGGACAAAUUUGGUAGAAAAAUACUGCUUUCUACAUCUACAAUAUUAAGCGGGGUAUGUUUACUAGUAAUAGCUGUAUACUUCAACUUUAAAGAUUAUGGAGUAGACGUUAAGUUUAUAAGCUGGAUACCUAUAGUUUCGGUAAUGUUCUAUGCAUGUGCAUUUAAGCUAGGUUUAGGCUUAGUGCCUAUAGUACUAACAGCUGAAUUAUUCCCAGCCAAAAUGAAAGCUAUAGGGAUGACGUUAGCUGAUGCAAUGUACGUUGUUUUUUCAUUGAUUUCUAUAUAUUUUUAUCAAUGGUUAUCGGAUUCCUAUGGAAUUUUUGUGCCAUUCUACUUAUUCUCAGCUUCCUGCUUUAUUACUACUAUAUUUACAUUGCUUUUUAUUCCUGAGACUAAAGGUAAGACCUUGGAGGAAAUUCAGUUUAUUCUUAAAGGAAUAAAAGAACCUGUUAAAGGAAAAAGAGAUUCUGUUUUAUAGAAUGAAGUUAAGAAUAAAUAUUGUUUUUACUGUGUUGUAUUAUUUAGGUUUAAUUAAAGUAAAGUUUAUAUCUCCAUGUGUUCUUGUUUGCACAGUUAGACUAAGCCAUAUUUGCAUACUGCAUACAUAUUGCAAUGGUUUUUUUGCUGCUUUAAUUGCACACCAAAAUGCUUUUAAAGGAGACAUAUUUUGGUUGUGAAUUAAAAGACGAAAUGUGCUAUGAGAAAAAAUAUAGAGUACUUUAUAAUAUUAACGCAUUUUAUAAGAACAUUUAACAAAUAUGGAUUUUAGUAUGUAGGCAACCCAGAUUACAUUCUUUAUAGAAAUACUGUUACAGUUGAUGGGUUUUUACAAAUCUUUAUUUAGUUGAUAAGCUUUUUACUUAAUCAAACAUAACAGUGUAAGCGAUUUAAGACCGCAACAACUUGGAAGACGUAGUUAUGUUAUAUGUCAUUUCACACCUUUCUUAAAAGCAUUCUCUAGUUAGGCCCUUUACUUUAGGA